AUGCCGGGGAGCGUGAGUAGUGUUCCGGAAAGUUCUCAAAUCCUGACGUAUGUUGGAUCUGUUGGUUUCUUAGUGUUCUCACUAAUGCUCACGUCAUUCGGAUACAUCAACAACGCCUGGAUAGUGCUAUUCAGGCCGAAUGACAACGAUGAAUUCCAGAGAGGAGUUCGAAAUCUAGAUUGCUACAAAACCUAUGAUCCACCAAAAAUCGGUUGUUUGGAUUGGUCCUAUGUACAAAAAAUGGACAAGUUCCCAAUGGCUUUCAAUCGCAUUUAUGACGCUACCUACCAAAUCUACGUGGCUCACUACCUGUCAAUAAUCAUCAUAGCAUCUCAAGUGUUCUGGCUUGUUUACACGAUUGGACACUGUUUGAGCUUAAAGUUCUGUGUGAAAGUCGAGAAGUACAAGUUGAUUAUGUUCCACGUCAUGGUUAUUUCAGUUGGUUUGUGGAUUAUUCUCCUCUUCAUCAUCAUCUACGAAACGUUCACCGACCAGGUUCUACCACGACAAUUGAGAAAACCAGAUUACGAAUACAGCAUUGGAUCUGGCUUCUGGACAUUCUUCCUUGGUGGGCUGAUCCCGUAUGUUGGUGCAGUGUUCUGUCUGUUCCGUGAACAAAUGCAACAGUCUCAAGAUCGUCUAGUGCAACUCAUUAGACACCGUCGUAUACGUGUGCCGACUACUGAAACCACACAAGGAGCCGAAGUUAUCAUCCCGAUGAACGCACGGUCACGUUAA